AUGGCUGCCUCUAAGUGUGUAAAGCUUACCGGGGCCCUGACCCAGGAGCUGCUGAAAUCUGUGGACAAUGUCCUGUUUGACUGUGAUGGUGUACUAUGGCAUGUGGACUCGGCCAUCGCUGGGGUGUCAGAGGUCGUUAAACUGUUAAGGAAGAAAAACAAGUGGGUAUUUUUCAUGACAAAUAACAACACUAAGACUCAGGAGCUAUACGCACAAACGUUAUGUAAAAUGGGGUUUGAGACCAUGAAGGAGGAGGUGUUUGGCAACGCAUACUGUACCACAUUGCACCUCAAGCAGGUCACCUGCCUUAAUGGUGGGAAAGUUUACUUGAUUGGUGGAAAAGCACUGAGUGAAGAAUUGGCCAAGGCUGGCAUCUCAUAUGUUGGUCCUGACCCUGUCUUUGGUGCAAUGAGCGAUUGGGGUUCUGUUCCUUUGGAUCCAGAUGUGAAGUCCAUUGUUGUGGGCUUCAGUGAACAUUUCAGUUACCUUAAACUAACCAAAGUCCUGUGUUACCUGAAGCAGCGGUCCCCAACCACUGGGCCACGGACCAGGUAUCGGGAAGGAGCUCUGAAACCAAAAGUAGUUGACAACCAUGAAACAAAGAGAUCUUUCUGA